AUGAUUGUUCGAAGUGUCCCUGUUCACGAAGAAGGUGUCGCUGUUCCUGAAGAAGGUGUCGCUGUUCGUGAAGAAAAUAGACCUAGAAGUCUAGUACGUACUGCAAUGAGAACUUUGUGUUGUUCAAGUGAACCACAGGAUUCGUCGGACUUAAAUACUGUCCCUGGACUUGCAACUGAGAGAAAAACCCUAUUUCGCGAUGCUACAAAACUAUUUAUCAGUUCUGCAUUAAGACCAGGCCAUGAAAACUUCGGAAAUUGUAACCUGAUUUGUCGAUUGAAAGGUAUAUACAGAAAUAUAUUAGAAAAAGAUAUUACUGUAACACAAGCUGAAGUUGAUGGUGAUCAGUGUCGUAUAACAUAUAAUGCCUAUAUUGAUGAGGAUAACGACAAUGUUAAUAAUACAAUCGUCGUAAGUUGCGUUAGGGAUGACAUUGGUGUCAUCAAUGCUUCUCAGUUAUUAUAAUUUAAAUCAUUUAUCUUAGAGAUAAACUCAUUGAAAAUUAUACAGUACUAUUUUUAUUAUAUAUAAAUAAUUAUU